ACAUCACUACCUCGAGUCCCCUCCUCUUCCUCCUCCUCCGUCUUAAAGGCAGCAGGGCGAGUCCUGUAUGACACCAGUCAGCUACUAUCACUUCAUAAAGUCACACCAUGAUGAUGGCAUCCGACUCAAGCAAGUUUCCUGUGUGGUUCACCGCCUUCACCGUGUUGCUCUGCCUCCUGGUAUCAGGUUCCUCUUCAGCCGCUGACUUGAAGAACGGAAGUCAGUGUGUAGAUGGGACGUACCAGCAUGAAGGACUGACCUGUUGUCUGUGUGCAGCUGGUCUGCACCUGAAGUCGCACUGCACCAAGAGUCAAACAUAUGGAGAAUGCAAGACCUGUGACUCAGGCCAGUACAGCAGUCACCCUACUAAACAGAUAUCCUGUGACCCCUGCAGAUCCUGCUCACAAAUCAGUGCCGGUCUAGAGGUGGACGAACCCUGUAAACCUGACGCGGACACUAAGUGUCGAUGUAAAAAGGGUCACUAUUGCGACAGUGAAGAAAUCUGUAUAACUUGCGCCCCAUGCGAAGAAUGCGGUGAUGUGGGCAUCAAAAAAGCCUGUACAGCCAGGACUAACACAGUCUGCAAUGACAAAAUUGAAGGGGGACUUAACGAUGGCGCAAUAGCCGGCAUACUUGUAGCUGUAACUGCAAUUCUAUUUCUCAUCGGACUUGUUCUUGCAUUUUUGUGGAAAAGGAGACGCGACGAGAAGAGACGCAGAGAACACAGCCUAGCCUCACAGCCAAAUGAUGUGGAGAGGCAGCCUCUUAAAGAAUUAGUUCCAGUUGUGGAUCUCCAGUCUCACAUGACUGACAUUGCAGAAGCGAUUGGUUGGAGGGAUAUGCGCGAAGUAGCGAUGCGCAGCCUUAUACCAAUCCCCACUAUUGAGUCUUGUGAACUGAACCACCCUGGUAAUAGUCAGGAGCAGACACUCGAACUGCUAAAGAUCUGGGUGGAGAAGCAGGGCAGAGAGGCCUCAAAGAACUUGGUCCAAAUCCUAGAAGAUAAAGGCAAAAGAGGCAAAGCAGAGAGUGUGGUACAAAUAUUAUCUUGACUUAAUCCUCCUGCUUGAGCGUGUCUAUCGUGAGCACUUUUUUAAUGUUUGCAUUGCUGUCUACUGUUUGAAUUACUAGUUCGAAACCAGUGGAGAUGGUUACAUGAUAGGACAAACAGAUUAAGAUGAUGUUAUGUGUCUAUUGUGAGUCUUUCUGUCUGUACUUGAACUUUGUAAAAGCUGAAUUUAAUGUUAAAUGUUGGCAGCCUACUGUGAUCUACAAUGGGAGGAAUCACUGUUAUCUGCUUUCCAGUUUAUUAAAUAAUGAAUUGAGAGGUUUUCUGCCACUAUUUCCUUCUAGUUUUGGGUGUGAACAUUUCUAAAUAGAUUUUAUCCUUGUGUUGAUAUGAUGAUCCUGGAGAGGCUAGAGAAAGUCUAUGUGUCAUUUGUGCCACAGCUUGUAUAUUAUGCAAUAAACUUCCUUAUAUAUGUUGGGA